AUGCUGACAAUACUUUACAUAACCUCUGUUAUCUUAAGAGAUAUCAUGUGCCCAAUAAUGACAGAUGAAAUAAUGUCAGAAGAACCAUCCCCAAUAUUUGAAGUAGCAAGAGAAAAAUAGGUAUCAGAGAGUAUUAACGAUGAUGAAUCUGCUUCAAAUUAACUUCAAAAUAAACUUAUGGACCCGAAUUAAAAUAAUUAGAGUACUUAAAACGGGUUGGUUAUUGAUGAGGAUUUUAUAUCCAUGCUUUUGCAAGAAAAUUUCUAGAUAUAUUGCAAUUAAGACAAUGAUAACGAUAAUAAUGCAGGUUUAGAAUCAUUAUAAUAGCCAGAGUCCUUAAUGAAUCCUAGUGAGUAUUAGUUUGGUUACUCUCCUUUAAGUGUAUCUUUCAAAAGUUUAUGCACGAAGGAGAGUGCUUUAAAACUAUGA